CAGAGACUCAGUGGGAUGUGUGUGGGGUCGUUAUUUAAAGGGACGGACGAGCUUCUCUGCAGCCCACUCAUCCCAGGAACACCAGGACCAAAAGGAAUAUAAGUCUGAUCUCCCUCCUUUUUUUUGAAUCAACGAAAAAAGAACUAAAGGAGGACAAAAAACAGCCUUCUCCUCAGUGAGCGUGAACUCUAAGGGUGUCCCAAAAGAAGUUGUGUCUCAUCUGCUAUCUGUAAGCUGGGGCUUUUUUUGAGGAGUUUGCUCUCAACAUGUUGCUGUGGUCUCUUGUUCUUCAUCUGCUGGGCUUUUUGUCCUUCUUUGGCAAUGCGUAUGGAUCGGAAUCUACUGUGCCAAUGCCCAUCACCUGCACGACACGCGGAGCCGACCUGACAGAAACGCGCCAGAUCGUGCUGUGUCCAGCUGACUGUUCACAGUACAAAGCCUCCGUUUUCGGCACGGGAGUCUACGCGUCUGUGUCUAGUGUGUGUGGUGCAGCAACCCACAGAGGAGUUAUCGGGACCUCUGGCGGGUCCCUGAUGGUGCACAAGCUGCAAGGCAGAAGCAAUUACCUCGCCUCCUACUCACACGGAGUGCAUUCUCAGCCGCUCUCCAAAUGGACUGCAUCUUUCAGUGUUACCAAAUGGAUGAGUCCACCACUGGAGGUUUCCAGUCAGACCAGCACUGCUGCACCUGUGCCACCAGGACCAGGUCCAGUGAAGAAAGUCCCAAUGGUGAAGAAGCCAACCAAGAAGCCCACCUUACAGGGAAACAGAGACUGCCAGGUGGACAUGGCUGUGCUUCUGGACGGCAGCUCCAACAUCGGGCGUCGGCGCUUCAUCCUGCAGAAGAACUUCAUCAGCAAACUUUCAAUGCUGCUGCGUGUCGGGGAGAACGGCCCUCAUCUGGGAGUGGUCCAGGCCAGUGACAUGCCUCGCACAGAGUUUUUUCUGACUAACUACACUCAACCCAAAGAUGUGCUCUUUGCCAUUAAAGAGAUUGCCUUCAUGGGUGGCAACACCAACACAGGUAAAGCCAUCACACACACCGUGGAGACGUUCUUCAGCUCGGAGUUGGGUGUGCGUCGCGGGCACCCGCGGGUGAUCGUGGCGCUGGUGGAUGGCUGGCCCUCGGACAGCCUGGAGGAGGCGGCCGUGCUGGCGCGCGACUCGGGCAUCAAUGUGUUCAUGGUGACCGUGGCCAAGCCCAGCCCCGAGGAAGUCAGCAUGGUCAGCGACCCCGACUACAUGAAGAAGUCUGUGUGCAAAGACAACGGCUUCUUCACACUGAGCAUGCCCAGUUGGUUCAGCACCACCAAGUUCAUCAAGCCCCUGGGCCAGAAGCUGUGCUCCAUCGACCAGAUGCUGUGCAGCCGCACCUGCUACAACUCCGUCAACCUGGGCUUCCUCAUCGACGGCUCCAGCAGCGUGGGCGAGGGCAACUUCCGCCUCAUGCUGGACUUCAUCGCGUCGGUGGCCGGCACCUACGAGGUGUCCGACGUGGGCACGCGCGUGGGCGCCGUCCAGUUCACCUACGACCAGCGCCUGGAGUUCGGCUUCGGCCAGUACGCCACCAAGGAGCAGAACCUGCGCGCGCUCCGCGGGAUCCCGUACAUGAGCGGAGGAACGGCCACCGGCGACGCCAUCACCUAUGCCAUCAGGAACCUGUUCACCAACAAGAGGCCCGGCGGCAGGGGGAGGAACUUCCUGAUCGUGGUGACAGACGGACAGUCCUAUGAUGACGUGAGAGGCCCAGCACGGGCAGCACAUAAGGAAGGCAUCACGGUGUUCUCAGUGGGCAUAGCCUGGGCUCCCAUGGACGACCUGCGAGCCAUGGCCACGGAGCCCAAGGACGCGCACACCUUCUUCACGCGGGAGUUCAGCGGCCUCGAGCAGUUCCAGCAGCCCCUGGUCAAAGCCAUCUGCAGGGAUUUCACCGAAGCCAACUAGCCAGCACACACUUUACUGUAUGAGUACGGAGGGUUCCAAGAGUGAGGCCAGUGUGUAAGACACACACACACACUGUUUGAGUGGGACGUGGGGUGGAGAAGAAGUAAAGAAAGCAUUUUCACACACAACACCUCCCCAGCCCCCCACCUGUAGGAUACAGGCCCGCAGCAUAGUUUUCUGAGCUUUUUAAGUUAAUUUCUUUUCCUUUUUUUAAAACUGAAGGUACAGAAGUGUGUCCACAUGAGAUUGAUUUGAGUAUUGUGUUUUUUUUUUUUAAUAUUCUGUAAGGAUGUUAAGAUCUUUUUGCUUUGGUGGUUUUCUUUAAGGGUAUUUGUGUGUUUGUGUAUAUGGUUAUGUGUGAGUGUGUGUGUGUGUUUCUUGUGUUGCAGCAUGUGUGGAACAGGCCAGCUCGAUCCAAAUGCGUUCCAAUGAAAGUAGACACCUUUGAUUCAGAAUGUGUUUGUGCAUUGCUGUAGGCCUAUCUAUUAUCAACCAACUUUUCCUCAGUUAUACAGAAUGUAUUUAUUGCUGAUAUACUUGUACAUUUCGGCAAACUGUGAGGCUAGUGUUCAGGUUAGAGUUUCUCUCUUGUGUCUGUUGCGACUCUUGGGACUAUUUGAAAGAAACUCUGGCCUCUAUUUUUUAAGACCUCACUACCUGAGAUGUGUAUCCAAACAACUAGGCCUCACUGUUGCCUACCAAGCUCUGAGCGCUUACAUUUUAUACCGUCCUGAAGAAACGGGCUCUGAGAAACCAAACUGAAGGUCACCCCCAUCCCCCGUUAUACGACAGUGCUCAUACCUCGAGACACGACUUAAAACACGUUGGUCAUUCAGUGUGGCUGACAGCAGUAAAUGUCAUUUCCACAGCAAAGUCGUAAAUAAGAUGCUCACAAUAGAAGGUGGUGAGGAAAGCGCUCAGCUGUUUGUGGUUCUCUGUGCUGUUGCUUUUUUGUGCUCUCGUUACUUUUAGCCGCUUUGACACUCAUGCCUCCUUACACACACAGGUAAAACUUGUCGUUUCUUUACAUCUUUACAUAUGCAUGUUCACCUGCUCUUUAUGAACCUGGGGUGGGGAGGGGACAACGUAAUGAUUGUAUAUUUCUGUCAUAAUUUAUUACUUUCCUCUCAAUAAAGGACAAGGUAUUUUUACAACUUGA